AUGAACGAGACGACGGAAGCGAAGGGGAGAGUGAAAAUCCUAGAAUGUGAGGGCGAUGUCGCACCACAGUCGAGAGCAGAAUGCACCGUAUCACUCAAAAACCAAAUGUCGGUCAAGCUGACGGGUUGGAGAAAGAUGGGAAACUCAGUCCAGCAGGAAGGCUCGGGGGAAUCGCAGGGCGGACGGUGA